ACAGGCAGUGACGCAUUAAAAGUAUUUUAGUGCUUCUAUUAGCCAUCUCACCGUUUCCCUACAAUCCUGGAAUCAACUCUUCGAAGGCGGGAUUUUUAAGUACUUAUUUUUGUCAACAAAUAAUAAGGGCAUAUGUAAUUGUUGUGAAUUUAUUAUAAACAAUUAAAUAACUACUAAACGGUGAUUAGCACUGUCUACGAAUACUCACAAAUAACAAGUAACCGGAUUGCGUACAGUAUCAUUAACAUUUUUCAUUGCAUCACUUUCACACGCUUUUGCUGACGCUGUUUAAGAAUUUAUGAGAUAUUUUGCUUAUAAUAAAGUGGACUUAAGAUAACGUGUUAAGAAAAUAUAAUAAUUAAAUAAAAUGUGCGACGAAGUGGAAGAAAUAGACGAGUUUAUCGAGUUUGAAUUGACUAAGGAUUGCGACUCUGUAGAAGAGGAAACCUUUAUAUAUGAAGAGGAAGACGGGGUGGAGGUGGAACAGCUGGAAGAUGUAUCAAUCAAGCCGGAAUCGAUUAUAAUGGAGGUAAUCGACGAGGACGACACUGAGCAGGGAUACGAGAUAGCCGAUAGUCUAGUCGAGGUAGUACCAGAUACAUUGCCAACUAAUGUCGAAUUUAUUAAAGAGGAAAUUGUGCCGAAAACAGAAAUAGAACAUUCACCCACUAACUCACAUAAAGGCCCAAAACGUUACCUGCUCUUUGACGAACUUGUUGCCAAUAUUGUCGAUUAUGAUGUUGAUGAUACCCCUAUUGUUGAAUUCUCCUUGUCGAAUACUGAAUCGGAUGAAAAGUUACCUGUCGAAUGUGGUAUAUGCCCUGAUGUGAUGCAUAAAUCAAAGCUUUCUGCCCACCUUAAAACACAUUUGGUUCCCGGUACGAACCGAUAUGCCUGUAUUUAUUGCGACAAAUCAUACAAGGAUCACAGUUACUUGGCUGGUCACUCUCGGCGGCACAUGGGAAUUCGGCCGUAUGUUUGCGAACCAUGUAAAUUAUAUUUCUCCACAAAACAAGAUCUACGGGUACACAAUCAACGACGGCAUCAGGAAAAAGAACAUAUAUGUGAAAUUUGUGGAAAAACGUUUUCACAAAAUACAAUGUUAAAGCGGCAUCGUGAGUCUACGCAUGAAAAAAUGAGACGCUUCCAAUGUGAGCAUUGUCCCAAAGCGUACUAUAAGAAUUUCUCACUACAGGAACAUGUACGGAAUGUACAUAUGGGUAAUAGACGUAUGCUCGUUUGUCCUUUUUGUGGCAUGCAGUGUCGAGAUGCGCAUAAAAUGGCGCGACAUCGUAAGCUAUUGCAUCUUAACCAAAGUCAUUUUCAUUGUGAUAUUUGCCAAGAGGAAUUCACGGAUAUAAGUUAUUUCGAUGCACAUAAACGUUCGAUACAGUGUCGCAAUAACACGCAAAGAAAAUUGGAAGAAGAGCAAUUGCUGCAACAACAUGAAGAGGAGGAAGAAUUAUUACUUCAACCACCUCCCGAAAAUGAGGAUCAACCUGAAGAAAUGGAAGAUCAAAAACAAUACCAUUUUGUAACACACCAAACGGAUCAAAUUCAAUUGCAACCACAUGCAGAUGAUCUAUGUUUUGAAAUUACGGUAAUGAAUAGCGAUAAUUCAGCUCUACUUGAGACAUUCUCAUUAUCAUCAUCAUCCUCAUCCAUUGGUGUGCCUUGUGGCAUAUUAUCAUCAUCAUCGUCGUCGUCGUCAUCCAUUUCGCCAUCUUCAUCUUCACCCUCACCUUCGGAAUCUGUUACCAUCUGUGCAAAUUCAUUACCUUGCUGUUGUCCAGGUAACACGAAUCCAUUAGGCGAUGCAACUUCACCACUAGAACCCUGCUUCUCUUUCAAUUGUCCCAAGAUGAAUUGGUUUAGCAGUGAUGUCGCUGCCGCAUCCUUUCCAGAAGCAGCAUUCGACUACCAGGAUUUCUUGCUUCACUGCAAGAAUGAACACCUCGAAAAGGGCUUAUUGAAAACAGAAGAAAUAUUUGUUGAAGUAGCACCACACCUGGCUUCAAAUGUGAAGGAUGAACCAAUUUUUGAAGAUACUACAGCUGAAGCUGAAUUUCUGGAUGAGCACGACUUUAUCAUUUCGGAUGAAGAAAAGGAAAAGUCAGACCUACGUAUAAGUCAAUGGAGUGACAAUAAGUCAUUAUCUGAUGAUUCAGACAGUGAUACGGAAAAUAAUUUUGAUGACAAAGAUUAUAUACCACCUGUACAUCAACGAAAGCGAAACAAAAAGCGUGAAGAUCAAACAGAGUCAUUCAAAUGUGAAAUAUGUUCCCGUAUCUACAAAAGCUCCAAUUAUUUGCGUUCACAUUUGGCAAAAAUACAUAAUUUUGAGAGUAAGAAAAUAGCGACCAUUCAACUUCAAAAAUGUGAUGAAUGCAUAGAAGAAUUUAAAACAUUACGAAGUUUAGAGGAGCAUUGCCUUUCAGAACAUGGUGGUAUGAAAUGUAUGUAUUGUGAUAAACGAUGUACAUCGCGAACAAAUCAGUUGCGACAUAUGGAAACUCAUACACAUGGAACGGAACGACGGUUCGUCUGCGAUUAUGAGAACUGUAAGAAAAGUUUCUUUACACGCCGUCAGUACCAAGCUCACAAACGCACCCAUACAAAAGGAAAGAAUUUCAUAUGUGACAUAUGUGGCUACUCGUGUCGAGUACCGGAAAUGCUUAAAGUGCAUUAUCGUUCACAUACAGGUGAGAAACCGUAUGCUUGUGAUGAAUGCGGCAAAUGUUUUGUAUCUAAAUCGGCAGUUAGAGAGCAUAAAGCAUCACAUGGCACAGAGCGACCACAUGAAUGUAAAAUAGAGAUUAGUAAUAUACUCAACUGUGCGCAUGUGAAAUUACAUUUCAAACAAACGCAAAGUACCGUUUACGUUGUAAAAGGCAGUAACGACUGCCCACUCCGCCUUACAGUGAGUACUGGUAUUAAAUUAAUUUGUAGUGGUCAAUAUGCAAGUAUUGAAUCGUUAACUCAAUUCAAAAAUCUGCAUGAGGGCUAUGUUCGUAUAGUGUUGCUCAUUUCAAAAGAAGCUUGUGAAACAACAACUCCAUUGGAGAACGACAACACUAAUUUUGAAAGUGAUAGUGACAGCGAUGCGCCAUGUACAUCUCAAUGGGCACUAAAUCGCGAACAGCGACGUAAACAACGUCAGCUACGUAACUCGCAUUUAUUGCAAAGGCAGCAGCAACUAUUCCAUAGGGUGGAGGCAAUCCGUGAUUUCCGGUAUAGUCCUGAAUCGAUCGAAUACACUAUUGAUGCAGGUGCAAAGAAAAAAAGUAGUGUUUACGAAUUCCAGGUGAAAUUUCAAACGAACAUCGAUUACAUCUUGCGUCAGCCCGAAAUAUCCCGUGGCGGAUUUACCGGAAAUUGGAUGGAGUUUAUAGCAACAAAAUUGAAUGGUGCUAUGAAUCGAGAAGAAUAUAUAUGGUCAGACGCAGAUCACGCAAUCCAAGAUCUCUUAUUUAUCGCAUUCCAGUUGGUCAUGUGUUUUCACCUCAAGCGGGGUGUUGUCUACUUACAAGAAGAAUUGAAGAAUGUUAAAGAUUAUCAGACAAUGCAAUUCGUAGUAACGGCUUAUUUACAGGAAAUUGAAAAUGAUCAAAAGAAAAUGAUGCGGAAUUGCACAUUACCAACAAGUUAUGAACAAAAUAGAACCAGUAUACGUUGUGGCGAAAUAAUUUGUUAUGAUAACGUGAAUUUCACUAUAAUUUGUGUGCUUUGCAAAAUGAAACUGUUUGAAUUUGACGAUUUUAUGUUACAUUACCAAAAUGUACACCUUCGAGGCAAUGUAAACGACAGUGAUAGUGAUAACGACGCGGACGGUGAAUUGGAAGAAUGUAUUAAAGAUGAGGAGUUUGAAAAUGUUGAAUACCUAGCUGAAUUGGAUGAAUGUGGUGUAAGAGUGGAAACUGCCGUGCAACCCGCACGUGCUUUGGAACAAGUCGUUUCCAACGAAAAACAAAGUUUACCCAUCAAAGCAGAAAUGAUAGAAACGGCAGAUAAUGACACGAUCAGCGAAUAUGGUGAAGUUUUGGUUAUUGAUAAUGUUAAACCGAACGAGAUCGAAAAUGAAGAAUUUUAUGGUGAUGAAUGGGCAGAUAGUCAAGGAGGAGAUGAUGAUAACCACAUUUUAAAAAAGCCUAGGAAGCCAAAAGAGUACUCAUGUGCACAUUGCCAAAAACGUUAUACUACAGAACGUAUAUUGAAGCUGCAUAUAAACAUGAAACACCUGCGACCAAAAAACUUCAAAUGCGACCAAUGCCAAGAAGAAUUUGUAGAGCAACGUUCACUAGAUUCACAUGUGCGGAAAGAACACAUAGGUUUUCAGUGUUCACAAUGCGAGCGUGCUUAUAAAAAUUCUCGUUCACUGCGCAUACAUAUGAAAGCACACAAGGGUAUAAAGGAAUUUAUAUGUGAUUUUGAAAAUUGUGGCAAAGCAUUUAUUACUUCAUCACGUCUGAAAGUGCAUCAAAAAAUUCAUACAGAUGAACGAAACUACAUAUGCGAAAUUUGUGGUUAUCGUACACGACAAAAGGAUGCUUUGGUUGUACACAAGCGCACACACACCGGAGAAAAACCUUUUGAGUGUUCUAUCUGUAGCCGACGUUUUAUCUCUGCCUCAUUAUUAAACGAGCACAAGCCUAUGCAUUCUACUGAGCGUCCACAUAAAUGUGAUGUAUGCGGUGCAUCAUUUUCACGGAGCAAAGCGCUCUACCAUCACAAACAUUUGCACCUGGGUAUUAAAAAGUUUGUUUGCAAAUUAUGUGGCCGUGCCUAUGCGCAGAUGGCAGGACUAGCGGGGCAUAUGCGACAACACAAAGCAGAGGAACAAAGUUUACUUAGUUAAUUUUUAAAGAAUGUUUAUUGAAAAUUCGCUACAUGUGACAUUAGAUUUAUUUCAUUAAAUAUAUUAAGCAACAUUAAGUCAUUAACAUUUAAGAAAAUAAUACUCGUAACAACGUUGUUUACAAUCAAAGCGCAACAAAUAAUAUAAAUUUCCAAACAUACAUUACAAAAAUA